UAAGCUUAUUACAUUUCCCUUGGGAAUAGCUAGAAACAUGCUAGACCAACAAAUGGUCAGCGGUUGCUACAUGCUUGAAAAUUAGUAAUUAAACGGAAUCGUUUCUUAUAACAGUGCAAACGUUUAAAUUUUUUCCUUAAAAAAUCUUUAAUUAAUUUAAGUUAAAAAUGAACUAUAUUGACCUUUAAUAAACAUACAUACAUGUUCAAUCAUAAUUAUCAUCAUCAAUGCAUUAUUUUAUAUGUUCUCCAAGUGUUUUGUUUUCUUCUCUUCUUAAACAUCAAACAAUUAUCGAUCGGCUAAGGCUUUUGUAUUCAAAUUAAAAUAAUGAAAAGCAUCUCGAAAUAAAAAUGUGUAUGAAAAUUUGUGUAUCUGCCCCCUUGCUAUGAACGUGAGAGAACCAAUAUCUAUUUAUAGUUUGAUUUUUAUUUUCAUGUGUUAUAAUUUAGUUUUUCUUUAAUUUUCUCGACAUUCGGCCGCUAUUUUCUAAUAAAGUGUAAAAAAUUAAAAAAUUAUUUUCAUAAAAAUCUAAAUUUUUAAAAGAAAAACUAUGAAUCCUUGUACUAUAUGUAAAACGGAAACCAAGAAUAGUUGUUCCAAUUGCAAACAAGUAUUUUACUGUUGUGUGGAGCAUCAAAAACAAGAUUGGAAAAAUCACAAGAAAAAUUGUCAUCCAUAUAAGAUUGUACAAAAUGAAGAACUGGGACGUCAUUUGAUCACCACCCGUACUAUUAAACCCUUUGAAAUUAUUUUGAAAGAGGCUCCUCUAUUCCGGGGUCCCUCUCAACUAACACCACCGGUAUGUUUGGGUUGUUUAAAUGCUAUUGAACCCACAGAUUAUAUAAAUUGUGAACAUUGCGGUUGGCCCUUGUGUGGUGUUGAGUGUAAAACUAAAGAUGAACAUCGUUUCGAAUGUGAAUUAACUGUUAAACGCGGCAAGAAAGUGAACGUUCAGGAAUUCACCAAUCCUCAUCCGUUGUAUCAAUGUUUGAGUACAGCCCGCUGUUUAAUGUUACGGGAUAAGGAUGCUGAGAAAUGGAAACAGAUUAAUGAGCUGGAAUCGUUAGAGGAUCAAAGGCGUGGCUCUAUGCAAUGGAAGGCCGAUUACGAAAGUGUUUGUAAAUUUAUUAUAAAAUAUUUUAAUACUCAAGCAUUUAGUGAAGAUGAAAUUAUGCGCAUUAUUGGCAUAUUACAAAUCAAUGGCCACGAAGUUCCCACCUCUGAUCCAGCCCAUGUUGCUAUAUUCUAUAAUGCCUCAUUCCUAGAGCACUCCUGCACACCCAAUUUAGCGAAAAGUUUCAAUAAAGAUGGACAUCUUAUACUCUGGGCUCCCAAGGAAAUUAAGAAAGGUUCUCACUUAAGUAUAUGUUAUUCAGAUGCUGUUUGGGGUACGGCCGAUCGUCAGCGUCAUUUAAUGCAAACGAAAAUCUUUAAAUGUCAGUGUCCUCGCUGUAUUGAUGUUAGCGAAUAUGCUACCAAUUAUAGCGCCUUAAAAUGUGAAAAAUCCGAAUGUAGAGGUUUAAUGUUGCCAGCAAAUUUGAAUGAUUGGCACAAGGAUUGGACUUGCAAUGAAUGCAAGCAUCAAGUGGACAAGACAUAUGUUAAUAAUAUCUUGGAAAGAGCUGGUAGUGAUUUAAAUGCUAUGGAUAAGACGAAGGAAAAUUGUCUCAAAUAUCUAAGUCACUACGGUAGAUGGUUACCUAGUCAUCAUUACUAUAUGUGUGAAGUCAAAAUACAUUUGGUACAACAAUUGGGCAAAGAACCUCAAGAACUUAUGAUUUUAUCAAAUGAAGAUUUAAAAAUAAAAUUAGAAUACGGCAGAGAGUUAGUGGAACUAUAUGAAAAAUUGGCGCCUUGCGAAGUUCGCAUGUUGGGUACAUUAUGCUUUGAAGUUCAUUCCGCUGUAGCAGAGAAUACGCGCCGUAUUUCGUUGGAAACUAGUUUAUCGCCCAAAGAACUGCUAGAAGAAGCCUUGAUGUAUGUGGAAAAGUCGGUUAAUUAUUUGCAAUAUGAAUCGGAUAUAUUUGUUGAGGGACAUAUGUUGAAACAAGCCAAAAUUAAUAGAGAUGCUUUAAAAAUGGUCAUAAGAAUGUAAUAAAAAAGAAGAAGAACAACAGUUAAUUCAUUUUUUUAUAAUUUAAAUAAAAUAUUUAAUAAAAAAAACAA